GCCGGAUCUUGUCUGCAUGCAGCCAGUCACUGCAGAAAAAAUCAUCUGAAACCUUAUUUCUCUCCUCCUCCUCCUCCUCCUCCUCCUCUGCUUCCUCUACUUCUACUCUCAUCCUACUCUACUCCUACUCCUCUCUCCCCACCAAUUCCUCUCCUCUUCUCCGCUAUGGCGUCCUCGCCCUACAUUGAGCCCCAGUCGAUGCCCGAGCCCCCCGCCGGCCCGGCCCUCGACCUGCCCUCCCACACCUCCACCCUCUCCCUCGUCCACGGUGUCUCUUUCCUCUCCCUCGUCGCCCCCACCGCCGCCAUCUACAAGCAGACCCUUUCCUUCUACCUCGAUCUCGGCUUCUCUGAAGUUCUUGUUUACGACCGCUCUACUCCCCCUUCUUCUGAGCUCAAUCGCUCCGACCACUGCUUCGAUUCCACCCAGGAAUCAUGGCUCUACUCAUCCGGCUCCCAGGCCGAUGAGGGCGAGCGCGUCACCCUCAAGCUUCGUCUUGUUCCUUCCUCUGACGACGUCUCUGCUGCUACCGACAAGCUGCUCAAAGAGGAGCGCGACUGGCGUGGCCAGAGCGCCGCUUUUGUCUUCUACACUCCCUACGUUGACAACCUGAUCCAGAUGUUCAGAUCCAAGAAACUUCUCUACCAGGCUCUGCCCUCCGACUCUGCCCCCAUCGAGGUUUAUGCUCACGAUCCUCUCGGCAACCUUCUUGGUUUCACCGGAAAAUCCAACCCCUUCACUUCCGCUAGACCGAUCUCUCUGCCUGCUUCUUCGAGUCCCGACGCUGACUCCUCUGAUCCGGCUGCCUCGGCCCCCGCUCCCGCCGAUCCUUCGUCCGACUCCACCAGACGCAAGAAGAUCGGAAUCAUCACCUCUGGUGGUGACGCCCCCGGAAUGAACAGUGCCGUCCGCGCCGUCGUCCGCGCCGCUAUCCACAAGGGCUGCGACGCAUUCGCAAUCUACGAGGGCUACGAGGGUCUCGUUCAGGGUGGCCAUAUGAUGAAGCAAAUGAAGUGGGAAGACGUCCGCGGCUGGCUUUCCGAGGGUGGCACUCUCAUCGGCACUGCUCGCUGCGCUGCCUUCCGUGAACGCUGGGGUCGUCUCAAGGCUGCCAAAAACAUGAUUGUCAACGGCAUCGAUGCUCUCAUCGUCUGCGGCGGUGACGGCUCACUUACCGGCGCUGACCUCUUCCGUGCCGAAUGGCCUGAUCUUCUCAAGGAGCUCGUCGACACGAACGAACUCACCCCGUCCCAGAUCGAGGGCUACGAACACCUCACCAUCGUCGGUCUCGUGGGCUCGAUCGACAACGACAUGUCCUCGACCGACGCGACCAUCGGUGCCUACUCGUCCCUUUCGCGAAUCUGUCAGAGCGUCGAUUUCAUCGACGCAACCGCGUACUCGCACUCGCGCGCCUUUGUCGUCGAGGUCAUGGGUCGCCAUUGUGGUUGGCUCGCGCUUAUGGCUGGUAUUGCUACCGGUGCGGACUACGUCUUUAUUCCCGAGCAGCCGCCAAGUGCCACCGGGUGGGGCGACGAGAUUUGCUCUGUCGUUAGCGCUCACCGCAAAAAGGGCAAGAGAAAAACCGUCGUCAUUGUCUGCGAGGGUGCAAUCGACUCUGACUUGAACCCCAUCUCCGCUGUUGACGUCAAAGAUCUUCUCGUUGACCGUCUCGGACUCGACACCCGUAUCACGACCCUCGGCCACGUCCAACGCGGAGGCUCUGCCGUCGCCUUCGACAGACUGAUCUCCACCUUGCAGGGCUACGAGGCCGUCGAGGCCGUGCUGGACUCUACCCCCGAGACCCCCUCGCCUAUGAUUGGAAUCCACGAGAACAAGCUCGUGCGCACGCCGCUGGUCGACGCCGUCGCGCUGACCAAGCAGGUCGCGACCGCGAUCAAGGCCCGUGACUUUAACCGCGCCAUGUCGCUCCGCGACGCCGAGUUUGCCGAGUACUUGCUUGCAUUCAAGGCUAUCAACCACAUCGACGACGAGUCGCUCAAGCUUCCGGAGGACAAGCGGCUCAAGAUCGCAAUCAUCAAUGUCGGCGCACCCGCGGGCGGUAUGAACGCCGCCACGCGCGCUGCUACCUGCUACUGCCUUUCGCGCGGCCACCGCGCGUUCGCGAUCCACAACGGCUUCACUGGCCUUGCGCGCCACGGCUCGGUUAAAGAACUCAACUGGCUUGAUGUCGAGAACUGGGCCAUCCGCGGCGGCUCCGAGAUCGGAACGAACCGGAACCUUCCCGAGGUCGACUUGGGCAUGAUUGCGUACUAUUUCCAGAAGUUUGAGUUUGACGGUCUGAUGAUUGUCGGCGGCUUCGAGGCGUUCCUUUCGCUUUCGCAGCUCGAGCAGGCGCGCUCGCUGUACCCCGCGCUCCGCAUCCCUAUGGUCUGUCUGCCGGCCACAAUCUCAAACAACGUUCCAGGAACGGAGUACUCCGUCGGCUCCGACACGUGCCUGAACGCGCUCGUCGACUACUGCGACGUCAUCAAGCAGUCCGCGUCCGCCACCCGUCGCCGCGUGUUUGUUGUCGAAGUCCAGGGAGGCAAAUCAGGCUACGUAGCGACCUACGCCGGUCUCUGCGUCGGCGCGCUGGCCGUCUACACGCCCGAACGCGGCAUCUCGCUCUCGCAGCUCGAGAAGGACGUCAAGUUUCUGCGCGAGAGCUACGCGAACGACCAAGGCCAGAACCGCGCGGGCAAACUGAUUCUGCGCAACGAGAAGUCGUCAAACGUGUUUUCGACCGAGCUCAUCGCCGACGUCAUCCGCGAGGAAGCAAAGGGCCGUUUCGACGCCCGCACCGCUAAUCCCGGACACGUCCAGCAGGGCGGGAUUCCCUCCCCGAUGGACCGUCUCCGCGCGACCAGACUGGCGGUCAAGUGCAUGGAGUUCAUCGAGUCCGCGCAGGCACGCGACGACCGCGGCGCGCCGGACACGGCGACUGUGAUUGGCAUCACGGGCGCGAGCGUGGUGUACACGGGUAUCAGACACUUGGUUGAGCAUGAGACCGAGGUCGAGAACCGGAGGCCGAGACGGACGUUUUGGACGCGGAUGAGUAAGAUUUCUGCAAUCUUGUCGGGCAGGCCUGAUGCUGAAUUGUAGAUUUCUUUGAAGUUAUUUUGUCUGUCGUUGCUUGAGUUAUCAGCUGUAUUCGAUUCUCUUCUGUUCAACAAAGUUGAAUAUUUUUGUGGUUAUUUUGGUAUCAUAGAUACUCUUGUUGUGAUUCUUACUAUCAGUUUUCCUUAGAAAGUACUUGAUGUUAUUGUUAUUGAUUAAUUCUAAAGAGCAAGCAAACGUCUGUAAUAAUAUAUAUACAUGCACAAUCUCU